AUGAUUGGUCAAGAUCCACAGCCAAUCAGUUCUGAAGAUUCUGUCAAGAAAUUUGAGACAAGGAGGACACCGAACCAUCUCUUCCAACUUAUCACUGAAAUUAAUAAACCAACAGAUCUUACAAAAGAGCCAGAUGCGGUAGAUUACCGCCAACUACAAAGGCAGGCUAUCAGAGAUAUGGGAUUUGGCGCCUUGCUGGAUCUCAAAAUCAAAAAUAUUCCAACAGCCUUAUAUAAUUUUCUGGCAAACAAUUUCCAGACCGGUGCAAGACAAGUCCCAUUGAAUGGGAACAAUGUAGUAGAUAUCAAACAGGAAGAUGUUGUUGCUGUACUUGAUCUUCCUUGUGGACCCAAACCAGUGGAAGAAUUCAAACAGAAUGAUCCCGCUAUAACGGACCAUGCUGAGAUGGUGGAUGCAUUCAAGAAAAGAAUGGGAUACAGUAAUAAAUUCCUGCCAACGAGAUCCACGGCGGCACAAUUAAUUGCUGGUCGAAAAGAUUUUGGUGAUGACUUCAAACGAGAUUUCCUGGUCUUCGUUGUGAGCACAUUCCUACAUGGAAACACCACUUCCAGGAUCACAAUGAACAUCCUGAAGUCCCUCGUGAACAUCAAUGAAGCGACACAAUACAAUUGGUGUCAAUAUGUGAUUGAUGCACUGGUGAAAGGAUACAAAAGUCACCACGAUGGGAAACCAUUCACCGGAUCAAUCACUUUUUUCCUGUUGUGCUACCUUGACAGGUGUGAGUAUGAGAGAGCACAUCUGAGGUCAUUCCCUGUGAUCAAAUCUUGGGAUCAAAAGAUGCUGGACGACAGAAUAAGUCUUCAGGGAAGCAAUUUCACAGAUGUCCAGACACUUGAACGUCUCAAGAAACCGUCCUCAGCAGCAUCCCGAGAUGAACAACCAGAGGCUGAAUCACAGGAGGAUACACAGGGAAACCCCAACACACAGCAAGUCUAUGACCUUGCUGCUUUUUAUGAAAAAUUCUACCAAUUGAUUAUCACGAUGAGCAAAACUGUUUUAGACAUUUGUGAGAAGGAAAUGGAGUUAAAAAUUGAACCAGAUGAACAAGCAAAACAAACAAUCAAGAUCCUAACAGAUGCAAUGGUGUCGAUGAGUAGAAAGAUGCCUCCGCCUUCAGGUACAACGCAACAGGAACAAGAGCAGCAACAAGACCAGCAAGACCUCCAGGAUGCACAGAUUUUUGAAUUGUGCGAGAUGGCAUGGAAGUCGCUGAAAGGACUGGAGCAAUUGAGCCAGACAAAUGAUGAGGCUUCUCUUGCAGUGGGGAAAUCUGUGCCUACUUCAAAAGAAGUGGUGGUUGAUGAACAACAAACUCAACCACAAGGGGCACAGGGACUGGAUCAAUUGAGCCAGACAAAUGAUGAGAAUUCUCUUCCAGUGGGGAAAUCCGUGCCUGCUUCAAAAGAAGUGGUGGUUGACGAACAACAAACUCAACCACAAGAACAUGCAACAAAUAUCUCCACAACAGAAAAGAAGAGAUCCCAUCAAGAUUCCACCGGCUGGGAUUUAGGUGUGACAUCCACCCAUACCAAAAGGUCGAGAAGCACUGGUACCAGGAAAAGGAAAGCAUUCAAUGACCCAACUGUCCCACACUUUAACUUGGGUAUCUUCUCCAGUCAGGAAGACAGUUACGAGACAACCAAGGAGAAGAACACUCAGGAAGAUGUCACAGGAAGUGUUGAUUUGGAUAAAGAUGUGAAUGAGACCAUAGAAGCAGAAGAAUAUCCAGUACCAUCUGCACUCGACGAAACAAAGAAUCCCAAUCCUUCCAUCGAUGAAAUCAUAAGAAGGGCCAGUGCACCAGCUUCAGAAUCGUUAAGUGAUACCAAAAAACCAGAGAUCAUUGCGGCUGUUGCAGAACAAGUUGAGAAAAACCCAAAGGUGGUUGAAGCAGUCCCUUUAAGCAUAAUUCCACCCGAUUGGAAUAUUGCUUCUACCACGGGUGGUCUACUCAUGCUGGACAAAAAUGAGUGUACCACGCCACCCCCUGCAAUCUCAAAGAAAGCUGAAGUACUUGAUGAAGGGUUAAUAAAGACAGUGGAAAAGAUCCUCAAGGAAAAACCUAAGAGGAGAAAUCCACCAAGAGUCCACCGGUUGCCCGAACGGUUCAGGUCGCCAUUCAUGCUGCAGAAGAAAAACAAGAAAAAAUUCAUACAGUUGACAGAGGAGAAGAAGAAAAUGACCCAAGAAGAAGCCCUGUUGAUAGACUUCGCUCUCUUGUAG